AUCAACAUUCUUGAAUUCUUGUCAGAUUCAAGCUCAAAACACACUGCUAAUCAUCUAUCUUUCGAAACUUUAAGUCAACAGCCCAAAAAUAUACUUCCUUUGAAUCUUUGCAUUCUUUGAUCUGCUUGUAUGAAGAUGGUUUGGUUAUGGGUCUUUGUUUUAUUCACUGCUAGUUUAAACUUGGGUUUGGCUGACGUUAAUGGAGGAGAUCAACCCUUGGCUAAAAUCAAUAUCCUCAAAGCUACCGUUUCCUUUCAUGAAUUCGCAGCUAUUUCAGCCCAACCUGUUCUUCUUGGUUUAAAGGGGGAGGACACUCAAUGGAUAACUGUGAUUUUCGUGAAUCCAAACCCGUCUUCAGAUGACUGGGUUGGAGUCUUUUCUCCGGCAAAGUUCGACCCAUCGACAUGUCCACCAGUGAACGACCGGAAAGAACAGCUUCCAUAUAUCUGUUCAGCUCCGAUAAAGUACAAGUAUGCAAAUGAGUCGAGUCCAUUUUAUGCAAAGACAGGCAGUGGUUCACUGAGGUUCCAGCUUAUAAAUCAGCGAGCGGAUUUCUCCUUUGCUUUAUUUUCAGGCGGAUUAUUGGAUCCAAUCUUGGUGGCUAUAUCAGAUCCAAUAUCUUUUGUAAAUCCGAAAGCACCCUUGUAUCCACGCAUUGCUCUAGGGAAGUCUUGGAAUGAAAUGACAGUAACCUGGACAAGUGGCUAUGACAUAGAUGAAGCAGCCCCAUUUGUUGAAUGGGGUAGAAAGGGAGAUUUGCGAGUUAGAUCUCCCGCGGGAACUGUGACAUUCAAACGGAAUAGCAUGUGUGGUUCACCUGCAAGUACAGUUGGCUGGCGUGAUCCAGGUUUCACGCAUACAAGUUUCUUGAAAGAUUUGUGGCCCAACUUUGUAUACACAUACAGGAUGGGUCAUCUCUUAUCUGAUGGAUCAGUCAUAUUGAGCAAAACGUAUUCAUUUAAAUCUUCCCCGUAUCCUGGACAAAACUCAUUACAGAGGGUCAUUAUUUUUGGUGAUAUGGGCAAGGCGGAGCGUGAUGGUUCAAAUGAGUAUAGUAAUUACCAGCCUGGUGCACUCAAUACCACGGAUCAACUCAUUGGGGACUUGGACAACAUUGACAUAGUUUUCCACAUAGGAGACUUGACUUAUUCAAAUGGAUACAUUUCGCAGUGGGACCAAUUUACAGCACAGGUGGAGCCUAUAGCAUCAACUGUUCCAUACAUGAUUGCAAGCGGUAAUCAUGAACGUGAUUGGCCAAACUCGGGAUCCUUCUACAAUACACCUGAUUCAGGUGGUGAAUGUGGUGUGCCAGCAGAAACCAUGUUCUAUUAUCCAGCUGAGAACAAGGCGAAGUUUUGGUACUCAGCAGAUUAUGGACUAUUUCACUUCUGCAUCGCUGACAGUGAACAUGACUGGAGAGAAGGAUCGGAACAGUAUAAGUUUAUUGAGCAAUGCCUUGCAUCGGCCGAUAGACAUAGGCAGCCUUGGUUGAUAUUUGCUGCACACCGUGUCCUUGGAUAUUCAUCUAACGACUGGUACGGUCAGGAGGGUGCAUACGAAGAGCCUAUGGGAAGGGCGAGUUUGCAGAGACUUUGGCAGAAGUACAAGGUUGACAUCGCUUUCUAUGGCCAUGUCCAUAACUAUGAAAGAUCAUGCCCAAUCUACCAGAAUCAAUGUAUGAACAAAGAAAGAAACCAUUACUCGGGCGUUGUCACCGGAACGAUCCACGUUGUCGUGGGUGGUGGAGGGAGCCAUCUUUCAGGUUUCAGCAAACUUAUCCCGUAUUGGAGUCUUUAUAGAGAUUAUGACUGGGGAUUCGUCAAGCUGACGGCAUUUAACCAGUCAUCCCUGCUAUUCGAGUAUAAGAAGAGCCGUGACGGCAAGGUUUAUGAUUCCUUCACCAUUUCAAGGGACUACAAGGAUGUCUUGGCUUGUGUUCAUGAUAGCUGUGAACCCACAACAUUGGCAACUUGAACAAAUCAUCACUGCUUAUUUUAUCAGGAGGAUAAUCCAAGUGUGUUUUGAUA